GGAAACUGAUAUUUUUCCGGUGCCCCCAGCGGUACUUACGAGGCUAGGGUCGGCGGUGCGCUGGGUGGCCGGGGUGGCCGUGGACUGCGCUGAGCGGUGGGUGGGUGGAGCCGGGCACGGUGCUAACCGCCGUGAGUGGAACGCCCGGCGCGGCGGGGGCACCGCGGGCGGGGUGGCUGUGAGGACAGUAAUCCGGUGGCUCAGACAGGCGAGGCCAGCCUAGCCCAGGACGUAUUUAGUGGAAGAUAUGGUCAAACCGCUAGCAGUAGAGCCCACCUUCGCCUCAAAUAAGUACGAAACGCCUCCUGCUUGUUUUCUAAGAAUUAGGCAUUUCCAUGCGCCCUAGGAUUAUCCAGGUCACUGCAGUGGCCUCGAAUCAGAGACGCGUGGCCAGCCAGCGUCGCGUCCCUGCCCUACCCUUGUAGCAUGGGUUCUAGUUAAGUCCUUACUCUCGCUCAGGCUGGGAGACUUUCUCCCUCUUUGUCUCUUUGACCUUGAUCUUUCUGAGGCAUGCAAGCCAUAAGUGUACACACCGAUGCAUCCCCAUGGUUAGAUUAGGUUAUGCACUUUGGCAGGAGCAUCAGGGUGCUAAAUUCGCAGAAUCCUGUCAGGAGGCAAGGGUAUUCCUUUGUUAUUACUAUCCUAUGAGAAGGCAGUUUAGAUUUUGCAACUAUCCCGUCACUCCUCAAGCUCUUGAAAUUUUUAUUGAGGUAUUCUUGAUUUAUGAUACAUGAGUAAGGUGUACAACACAAUGAUUCACUAUUUUUAAAGAUUGUGCUCCAUUUAUAGUUAUUAUAAAAUAUUGAUUAUAUUCCCUAUGCUGUACAAUAUAUCCUUUUAGCUUAAGUAUUUUAUAAUUUGUACCUCUUAAUCCCUUACUCUUAUUUUGCCCCUCUCGCCUUUCCCUCUCCUCACUGAUAACUACUAGUUUGUUCUCUUUAUCUCUUUAUCUACUAUUAAAAGUGAUAACAUAUACUAUUUGUCUGACUUAUUUAGUAUGAUACACUAGGUUCAUCCAUGUUGUUGCAAAUGGCAAAAUUCCAUUUUAUAUAUAUACACCACAUAAUCUUUAUUAUCUGUUAAUGGACAUUUAGGUUUCUGUAACUUGGCUAUUGUAAAUAAUGCUGCUAUGAAUAUUGGGGUGCAUGUAUCUUUUCAAAUUAGUAUUUUCCUUGGAUAUAUAUCCAGGAGUGGAAUUAAUGGAUCAUAUGAUGGUUCAAUUUUUAGUUUUUUGAGGAACCUUCAUACUGUUUUCCACAGUGGCUGCACCAACUUAACAUUCCUACCAACAGUGUACAAGGGUUCUCUUCUCCAUGUCCUCACCAACUUGUUAUUUGUGGCCUUUUGAUGAUGGCCAUUCUAGAUGUGUGAGGUGAUAUCUCAUUGUGGUUUUGAUUUGCAUUUUUUUGAUAACUAGCAAUGUUGAACACCUUUAAAUGGGCCUGUUAGCCAUCCAUAUAUCUUCCUUGGAGACCUUCUAUUCAGGUCUCCAGCCUAUUUUUUUAAUCGGUGGUUUGUUUUUUCGAUAUUGAGUUGUAUGAGUUCCUCAAACUUUCUACCAGUUUCCAUUGAUAUUUCUUGCCUAAAUGAAUUACCAUUAUACUUUUUUUUCUGUUUUCAUCAUUCCUUCUGUACUUAUUCCACUUCGUCGAAAGAUAUUUCAUUCAUUAGUGGUAUGGAUUUGUGGGUUCUUAUUUUACCUAAUGAGUUACAAUCCAUUACUCUCCUUAUUCACUUAAAUGUUCAAAUAUGGCACAUGUGGCCAGUAGGAGCUCGUCCAGCUGGCUCUGUGUCCUUUCAACAUGCCAUGAUUUUUGAGCAUUUUCUGACUUUCUAGCAAAGUUGUUCCAGUAUUGUCUUGUACUCUCUGUCCCAGACCUGGAAUCAACCAUUUCUCCAAGGAGCCCUGAUUCCUUUCAGUGGUUUGAUUUGUAUGAGGAAAAACUGGCAUAAUUUUACUUGUGAAAUUUAAAAAAAUUCAGCAGGUUAAGGAUCCGGUUUUGUCACUGAAGCAGCUUGGGUCACUGCUAUGGCGUGGAUUCCAUCCCUGGCUUGGGAAGUUCUACAUGCCCCAGGUAUGGCCAAAAAAAUUCAAUAAAAAUUUUAAAUUAAAAAAAAAUUGUAGGGCAAUACUCCUACCCAUAGUAGGAGUAGGAUGUCCAGUCAGCCUGUCUGACCUGGCUUUUGCACAGAGAGCACCAAGUCCUAGGAGACCAUCAGGCCUAGGUGCAUCAUUUAGUCUAAGUGGGUGAGAUCAUAGAGGAAAGCAGGGAGAAGGAACAAGCCUUGUUUGAGCAAGGUUAACGUGGGAGGAAGGAAUGGUGAGAAGUGGUGGCCCCUUCUGACCCAAGCUGGCCAAACUCAAAACCCUGCCCCCUCCACACCUUCAUGUGGGGUUGGCCUGAGGAGGGAGAGGGGGAAAAGGCUGUGGGAAUCUGGUGCAGGCAUUGACCGUGGAGCUUAAAAUGGAAACAGAGUGAUUGUGGAAGGGGACAAGCAGUGAUUCUCCUAGGUGCUGGGGACAGAGGGCCUGUCACCAGAGGAGCCAUGAUGGGUGAUAGUGUUGGGAGGACAGGCAUCAGGACAGGGUUUAGGAGACCCAAAGAAUGCAUAGAAAGUGGCUGGUCAGGCUGCUGGUAUAAGGGAUUGGCAAGAUAGGAAGCAGGGCCACUGCUUGUUAGGAUCCAACUAGGCCUCCAAUAUUGCCAGUUACUUGACCUCCAUCAUCUCAUUGAAUCCUCCCAACACCCCAGGAGGUGGGAAUUAUGCUCUCUGAUUUACAAAAGAGGAAACAGGCUCAGGACAAAAUUCUUCCCACCACCUUGGACUUCUUACACCCCUCAUUUGAUCUGCCAAUCUGUAUGUAAAUGACAGAUCCAGCCUCAGCCUCCAGCCCUCCCAACUGUGGUUCCCUCUGUAGCUUGAACCUUAUUGCCUUCUACCUGAACUAUUUACUCACUUCCCCACUAGCCUUCCCCCAACCCCCUCACCCUAUCUUUUCUCUCACAGCAGCAGAAGGCUCUUCAGACCCAAGGCAGGUCACAUGCCCUUACUCAAAACCCUUUUGGUAUUUUCAGGCUGUUAAAAUAACACCACAAUUGGGAGGCUUAUAAGCAAGCCUUAUUUCUCAAGGUACUAGAAGUCCAAGAUCAUGGUGCCAGCAGAUUCAGCAUCUAGUGAGAACCUCCAGUGAACCCGCUUCCUCUUCUCUCACAUGGCAGGAGAGCUCCAGGAGGGACCAUGCCUCAGAAGUCUCCUGACCGACACCAGGGGCUCAGGACACCAGUGGAGACCGCCCGUACUUACUAUCCCCCACUCCCUGGACUCUACACCCCUCCCUGGGAUGGACAAUAUGAGGGAAUGGAGGCAGCUUUGGCAGACUGGGAUGCCAGAGAACAUCCAUGGUGCCCCUCCCCAAGAACAACUGGGUGACCCUUGGCCUAGGGACAAAGGCCUUGGUUAUCUCGCCGACCACUGCAUGCCCAUCCCUAGCACAGUGCCUUGCAUGUGCAAUCGAGGACAGGUCCAGACCCGCAGAGGACUCUGGUCAGGAACGCAUCUCUUGCCCAAAAGAACAAGUCUGGUGCAGUCUCGUGUGGAGAGGACUCGGGUGAACAGCCAGAGAAGCCGAGUGGAAGAGAAUGUGGAAAAGUGGAGGAGAAUGAGCUGGCCCUGGAGCCCCAUCCUGCCCUGAGGUCCCACUGACCUCCACUGAAUCCCGAAGCGUGUGGCACCCCACAGUGUCAGUGUCCACCUCCGUGUUCUCAGCAGCCAGGAUGGAGAUCACAGAUGGUACCAGCUGCAGCCAGAGCUCUUCCCAGGCUGAGACCCCAAGAACCUCCUGAACUGCUCCACUUCAACACUGCUGGGCAAGAAGAAGAUUUUCAGCAGAUCCCCCUAGCCCUGUGCAAGGCCUGAGCUGGCCAACCCGGAGCGCACCUGGACCACAGGUAGCAAGGAGCCUGACACCCACCCUUCUACAUCAGUGCCUUCACAGAGUCUGACCACCUCAGGAAGCUCCUGGCCAGCCCCCCAAGGAGUUCAGAGAGCUCAGCUUUGAGGAUGGAGCCAGGAGGGGGGUCCUCAAUGCCCCCUGCCCCCAUUGCCGCCCUGGGGGAGCCAGAUGCUGGGCCUAGCAGCUCCUCCCUGGAGCUCCCAAGCACAGACCCAGGAAAGCUCCAAGCACUCCCUGUUGGACCUGGAGUCCACUGUGGGGAUCCUGCCUCUGGGAGCCCUGACAGCCAAGUCUCUGUGGGGGACAGUCCCCAGGACAUGGGCUCCAUCGGGGAGCCCAGCAGCAGCACUAAAAUCCCUAACCGGGACAGCGGAAUCGACAGCCCCUCCUGCAGUGUGGUCAGUGAGCACUUUCCCUGUGAGGAGGGCAGUGAAGCGGCCCCAGGCCCCACCAUCAAAGGGCUGCACCCAGAGACAGCCUCGGAGGGCACGACACCUCGGGAGGAGGCCGAUAGCGAUGUGGGCGAGGGCAGCAGUGAGGAGCCAGAAGCGGAGAACAGCCGUCCAAGGGCUGAUGCAGAUCCCGCCAAGUGCUCUAAGCCUCAGAAGCUGCUCCACAUUGCCCAGGAGCUCCUGCACACCGAGGAGACCUACGUGAAACGGCUGCAUCUGCUAGACCAGGUUUUCUGCACCCAGCUGACAGAAGCAGGGAUCCCUUCAGAAGUUACCACAGGCAUCUUCUCUAACAUCUCCUCCAUCUACCGCUUCCACGGGCAGUUCCUCCUGCCUGAGCUGCAGACACGGAUCACAACUGAGUGGGACACCAACCCCCGGCUUGGAGAUAUCCUGCAGAAGCUGGCCCCGUUCCUCAAGAUGUAUGGCGAGUAUGUCAAGAACUUUGACCGGGCUGUGGAGCUGGUGAGCACCUGGACCCAGCGCUCACCACUGUUUAAAGACAUCGUUCAAGGCAUCCAGAAGCAGGAGAUGUGUGGAAAUCUGACUCUGCAGCACCACAUGCUGGAGCCUGUGCAGAGGGUCCCCCGCUACGAGCUGCUGCUCAAGGACUAUCUAAAGAGGCUCCCAGAGGAUGCCCCGGACUGGAAGGAUGCAGAGAGGUCUUUGGAGCUCAUCUCCACCGCUGCCAACCACUCCAAUGCUGCCAUUCGGAAAAUGGAGAAAAUGCACAAGCUCUUGGAGGUGUACGAGAGACUGGGUGGGGAGGAAGACAUCGUCAACCCUGCAAAUGAGCUGAUCAAGGAGGGCCACAUCCAGAAGCUGUCAGCCAAGAAUGGCACGGCUCAGGACAGGCACCUCUUCCUGUUCAACAGCAUGAUCCUUUACUGUGUGCCCAAACUGCGGCUCAUGGGCCAGAAGUUCAGUGUCCGGGAGAAGAUGGACAUUUCCGGUCUCCAGGUGCAGGAUAGCAUCAAGCCAAAUUCAGCCCACACGUUCAUCAUAACCGGAAAGAAAAGGUCCCUGGAGCUACAAACUCGGACGGAAGAGGAGAAGAAAGAAUGGAUUCAGGUCAUUGAGGCCACCAUCGAGAAGCACAAGCAGAACAGCCAGACCUUCAAGGCCUUCAGUGGCUCCUUUGGCCAGGACGAGGACUCCUCCUUCACUGCAGACCCACCUAUGGUGAACACCAGCUCCGAGGUGCCAGCAGUGGUAGCCAGCGGUGGAGGGGGUGCUGCAGGGCUGGAGCCCAGGAGAGCAUCCUCUAGGACCAGGCGUGACAAAGAGAAGCAGGGCUGCAGGAGCUGCGGCGAGACCUUCAACUCCAUCACCAAAAGGAAGCAUCAUUGCAAGCUGUGUGGGGCGGUCAUCUGUGGGAAGUGCUCCGAGUUUAAGGCUGAGAACGGCAGACAGAGCCGUGUCUGCAGAGAGUGUUUCCUGACCCAGCCGGCAGCGCCCUUGAACCCCAGCCCGGACGUGCCCUUGGAGCCCAAGCAGAGCACAGAGAAGCCAGCCGCUGUGGACCACCCACCCAGCCUGCUCUGUGGCCCCCUGCAGGUGUCAGAUGGCAGCACAGCCUGGAGCAAGGUGUGGGCUGCCAUCCCUGAGUCUGGCCCCCCGGAGCUGGUGCUACGCCUUCACGGAGGCAGCCAGGACGGCCAGCUGCUGUGUGCCAUCCCCCUCUCUGGCUGCAGGGUGAGUGUGCCGGACCCCGCGGACAGGCUGGACGCCAGGCACAUGUGGCGGCUGCAGCAGGGCCAGCAGUGCUGGUGCCUGAGUGCCCCGUCUGUGGAGCUGCAGCAGCAGUGGCUGGAGGCCCUGAGCAUGGCAGCCCGCAGGCCCCCGGCCCUGGCUGCACCGUGAGCUGAGUCUCUGCUGCAUCUCCUAGCUCUCCAGCCGCCACGCAGGGCCUGUACUCACCUGAGAGGUGGUGUUAAGGCCAAAUGCAGGCAUGAAGGGAGCCUGGACUGCUGAGGGCCAACAGGCCACACAGCACUUGCCCUUGGAGGGUGCUUCCACAUCACAGACGAGAAAAAUGAGGCCCAGAGAGGGCAGCCAUCCAUCCAGGGUCACUCAGCAUGUCAGAGAGCUGGGCCUCUGCCCAUAGGCCCAGCAGUGUGGCCCAGAGCGGAGCAUGGGGUGACUGUCAAGUGAGCCCUGUCUGAGUGAGCCAUGCUGGGUUGCUGGGCACCAGGAGGUAGAAGGAGCCUCCUAGGCGGUGCCCGGGGACACUGGUGGAUGUCUGCUGUCAGGCCACCUCUGCAGAUGGUUGCCUGCCCAGCUACACCAUCUAGAUCUGUGUGAGAUGAACCAUAAUUGGCUCCCGGGCUCCACUUCCCUCCUCUUUCCUCUCUUGGCCACCGGACACAACCCUGUGCCACCCAGAACCUUGCCACCCCCAUUUGGAGGUGUCCAAGAGGGCGAGUGGUGGGUUCCUGAAUAACCGCAUUGCAAAACUGCAGGGGGCCCACACAGGCAUCAUGGGGGGUCUGAGAUUUGUGCUUGUCUCCCCAGCGAGUGCUGGAUGGUGUUUAUCGGCGUAAAUAAAUGCUGGCAGCCAA